CCCCACCCCUCCCCCGGUGCAAGAGCUGGAGUCAGCAACAGAGCCCUGGAAGGCAAUUGCUUUUUUACUACAAGUGGAGAAGAAGUGUCCCCCCCUCCUCUCUGGCUGCCUGGCUGACGGCUUGUACUGUACACGUUCGGGAGCAUUUAUCCCUUAUCUCUCUUUCUCUCUCUGGGUCGUUGAUGGGGCUCCUUCCUCCCCCCGCUUUCCUCCGCUCCUGUUCCUGCUUUGGGUCCUUCCGUGAAAGUGUGACUACAAGCAGCAUAUGCAUAUAUAUAGCAAACAAAAGCAAAACAGAGGACAAGCACAGCUGGAUUGAUUGCUCUUAACGGUCCUUCUCCCCCCCCCUCCUCUUCCCCCUUUCCCUUUUUAAUGAACAGAACUAAAAGCCCACCGCAAAAUUGCAAACACAAACCUAAAAGGAAAGGGUCGGGGUUUGUUGUUUUCAGCAGGAGAAGCAGCAGGAGAAGCAGCAGCAACAACAACAUGGAUGUUUUGGCUAGUUAUAGUAUAUUCCAAGAACUGCAGCUUGUCCACGACACCGGUUACUUCUCGGCUUUGCCAUCCUUGGAAGAGAACUGGCAGCAGACAUGCCUUGAGCUGGAACGCUACCUUCAGACGGAGCCCAGGAAGAUAUCGGAGAGCUUUGGUGAUGAUUUGGACUGUUUCCUCCACACUGCCUCAGCUCAAGACACAGAAGACACCAUCCAGCAGCUGGACCCCCUCUUGUUGCCUGUAGACAUGAGUCCUUGCGACAAGAAUUCCAACAUGGACGUUAUCGUCUCGCGGGACAAACUCUUGUCCGAGACUUGCCUCAGCUUGCAGCCUACCAGCUCCUCCACGGAGGGCUAUACUGCCGUUAACCAGGCCCAACUCAACGCAGUGACCUCACUAACGCCCCCCUCCUCCCCUGAGCUCAGCCGCCACCUUGUAAAAACCUCACAGACUGUCUCCGCGGCGGAUGGCACAGUUACGCUGAAGUUAGUUGCAAAGAAGGCCGCCCUCAGCUCUAUAAAAGCCGGUGUGGCAGCGCCUGCUAGCACAACAAAGUGUGCGCUCAGUGACAGUGAGCAAGGAGGGACGGGGGCAGACGCUUUGCCGGAAAACAAGAAGAGGGUUCAUCGCUGUCAGUUUAAUGGGUGCCGGAAGGUUUAUACAAAGAGCUCACACUUAAAAGCGCACCAGAGGACUCACACAGGUGAGAAGCCUUACAAGUGUUCAUGGGAAGGGUGCGAGUGGCGUUUUGCACGAAGCGACGAGCUCACGCGACACUACAGGAAACACACGGGGGCAAAACCCUUCAAGUGCAACCACUGCGACAGGUGUUUUUCAAGAUCUGAUCACCUUGCCCUCCAUAUGAAGAGACACAUCUAAAUCAUAGAUCGCUCAGCAUGGCCCAGAUGCAGCCAGACCUAAGCAUCCUGGGGGGAGGAGAGCUGCCUGCCUCUUGCUGCCUUUCAAAAGAAGAGAACUUGAUCACCUGUACGCAAACCAUGCACUAGAUGCCGUCAUGCACCCAGCUAUACUUAAUUACAUAUGUGUGUUCUCUACACCUUGCCCAACUGGAAGGCAGACGACACCAGAGGAGGAGGAGGAAAGGGGUGCGAGAAGAUGUCAGCAAGACACAGAUGGUGCUUGCAGCACUUCAGGAUCGUAGGAUUUUUGUUCCCUGUUUAUUGUCCAAUGGAAAUGAAAGCAAAUGGGAGAGGAUUCCCUGCCGGUAUGAACAGCAGUAAGAGAAGAAUAUGUAACUUGCUUCUCGGUGCAACUGGAUGAUAGGGGAUGGGGAACAUGACUUUUGGAGUUGCAUAUUUGUAGCACUAACUUUUCUUUUUUAAAUGGAUUUUGGAGGGGAAACUAAUGACCUAGAAAAACCAAAUCCCAGUUUGGUAGCCAAAACAUUCAAUGUCUUGGUUCCUUUCUGUUUUUGUUUUCGAGAACUCCCUUAUGUACAAUGAUGCAUCGACGCUCCUCACAAACACUUUGACCUGCUCCGAUUAUGGUUCUUCUUUAUAGAACUGAGCUGUCAAGAUCCCUUCAAGUCAAUACCAAUGGCCUUAAUUGGCAGUAGACUGUGCAGUGAACACCUGGGACACGCCUACUUUUUUCGCUUGAGAUGGUAUAGACUUCGUCAAGGAUGUUUUCUUUUUGUUUUGGCUUUGCUUUUCGUUCCUUAAAUUUUGAUAUUUUGUUGUUGCACACCAUGUGCACUAGGGGACUGUGAAAACUACUGAUGUUACUUCACAGUGGUUGGCCAGCAAUGUCCCUGAGCAGCACCACAGUAUAUCUUUGGAGCCUUCACCACAUUGCCAUAGUUCAGACUUCCUAUUUAAUUGCCUAAUGAAAACUUGAACAACAGCUUCUCUCGAAGCCUUGAACCUUUUUCUUCUCCAUGUUCAUCAGAACUCAUUUACUCACGGGGAUAUCUGUCUUGGAUUCUGUCACUCAGGCAUGACUUCAGAUUUUCCUUCUGCACCGUGGGGCGCAUGCUUGCUGCAACCCACGACGGUUGGCUAGCAGCAGCUCUGGCUGCUUUUGACCCUUUUACCCGGUCAAAAGCCUGGUUACUGAUUUGUGUGUCUGGCACCUGCGAAAAGAUAUUAUUUUGGGUUGAGCAGAUUUGUAGAAAUACAGUGAUCAUCAUGAAUGGGAAAGUGAGAACCUCUUCUGGUUAAAAUAACCCCACGCAGCAUUUUUGCUCUGAAGAUGAAACCUACUUGAGGUUCUCCUUUCCCAUUUAUCAAGGUGAUGUAACUUUCCCACUCUUCUGACAUGAUAAGGUUAAAUGAAAGGGAUUGGCUUUUUAGUGAGCACGGACUUCCUACCAAAUGACAAGUGUAAGCAAAAGUAACAAAUAGAAAACACGUGGGUCCACACUGACCAAUGGUUGACCCAUUUAGUGAUCAAUGGAGGUAUCAGGCUCGCCUUUUGAAUCUUGUAGAUAAUUUGAUGGUUGUGACUCAAAGUGGAUUAAUUUCCCUGUACUUUACACACACACCUACACACACACACACACACCCUAUUCUAUAUAUACAUGAUGUCUACUUUUAGUUAGUUGGAGCUGGCACUGAUUCCAAAGACUGCCUUUUCAAACUAUCUCUCAUGCAGGUGGAGAGUUAGUCAUUGGGAAUGGUUGUGUAGAGUUAAUAAUGCAGGACCACCCAUGCAAGAUGUGCCGAGAAAUGAAACGGGCAUGUUGAUUCUCCCUUGGUUGCUGCUCUUCCAACUAGCUCACUGCCCUCCCUUUUGACUGUUUUUUUUGACUUGCCGACUGUUCAGUAAUUUCCUAAUUUAUGUUUAGGAUGCAAAAACUUUAAAAGUUCUUUUUUUAUAUACAGAAUAUCUAAAAUUGUAUAAUGUUAAGUACAGACACAGGGAUUCUUAGCACUUGGCCGCCUUGGCUUUCUUUCCAUCUUUGAUUUCGUCAAACUUAACUGAGUUUUCAAAUAAUACUCUCUUUGCAUAAGAGUUCUUGCAGACGCUGUGGCUGUCAGUGCAGAUACAAGGCCCAGCCCUUUAAUGACGGGAUGUGAAAAGGACCAAAAUCUAACCAUCUGUGCGAGGGCAAAGAAUGAUGAUAGCAUUUGAGGGUGAGGGAGGAGAGAUCUAAGUUUUAUUCCAAAGAUUUAUGGUUAGCUAUGAUUUAGAAAAUAUUGGAGCACUGCUUGCUGACAAUCUUGUAGUUCUCUGUAUCUGUGUUCACAUAUUUUCUAUUCCACCCAGGGGUUGAGUGGGCAUUUGAGAGCCCUGUAAGCUCGUUAUUUGAAUAUUGUAUGGCAGUUUUAGACUAUCAGCUGAGGUGGAUGACGGAACAUCCAGACAUUGUGUUAGCUGAAAAAUCUAUACUGUCCAAGAAAUUAUUCUUGUAGCAUCCUACAUAAUCUGCACCCAUAUCUGUCAUCACAGUAAACAUUGGGUACCAAUAUCCAUGAAUGUCAUCUGAAAUGUUGUUAAAUCCUAUUGCCUCUAGAAUUCUUAGAGAUCAUCUAUAAGAGUUGGUGACAAAUUUAAUAUAGGCCUGUAUUUUAAAUAAUUUGAUGUGGGUGGGAGUGGGGGGGGAGAAUAAGGGUAUGGAAAAGGACAAUGUUGAUUUACUUCCCAAGUGUCAUUUGUGGUCUCGCUUAACAUCUCUGCUUCAGAAUGUGAAACCUUCAAUACCCUUCCUUUUGCAGCAGAUCAGAACCCUAAACUGGUCCCCUGUCUAAUGGCUUUACAAAGUUAGUGGUCUGAAAAAGCACACACAUUGGAGAGUAUCACCUGCUUGAAAUAAAUAAGAUGUGCUUCCGAGUAAAUAUGUAAAGGCAGCCCAAGUGUUGGGCAAGGAAGAGAGAGGGCACUGCUGCUCAGCAGUGACUUAAAAGAAGAGCAGCCGGGUGACUUAAAUGGCGGGGAUUGCAAGAUAAGGAAGAGGAAUACUAGGUUCCAAUCAUGCAACUGUUAAUUGGCAGACUGCACCCAACUUGGGCCCAAGGCAUCAGUGGCUCAAACACUACUGCUGGCCAGUCAGAAGCUGAGCCCCGUGCCGUCACCAUCACUUUGCAACCACCACCGCCACGGAGGCUACCUGGUUGCUCCCUCCCCUUGGUCAUCAAUUAGGUGCUGGAACCGUUGACUUUUUCACCUGUGAACCAUGCCUGAUGGUUGUGCCAUUACAACAGUUCACCAUGCUUUCGAGGGGUUUCCUUUUUCCAUAUUACAAAUCCCGAAGAAAUUGAAAUGGAGAGUUUGUAAAUAGUUCCAGAACUUGAUUUCGGCACUUGCCCCAUUUGACCUUCGCUUCACUGUCCUGUAGAAGUUGGGAUUUAUUUAUUUUUUCUUUAAGGAGAGGGUUUUUCUUGCUUUAUUGGCAAUGGUGGACAUCUCUGGUCCUGGGGCUGCUCUUUGCGCAGUGCUCUCAAUACGAGAGGGAGCUGGGCAUCACCUGGUCUCCUGAUCCAGCACAAGUAGGCAUGGGAGGCAAAAACACAGGAAGGGCCCAGGUGGGGUGAGGACUCAUGGCAUUCCAGUUGGCCAUCAAUAUUUCAGAGCACUGCCUGAAUCACACUGGUAGAGAGAGGCACACAGUUAAGGAGCAGCAAGGCUGGAGAAGGGGCAAAGUUCUCGUUGCUUCUGUCUCUCAAUUCUCAGUGCGCCAGUAAGCAAGACCGCUGGUCACUGGUGGAUCCCAUGUUAAAACUGACUUGAAAGACAACUCUCUAUUUUCCCUCCCAACCUAUAAGUGGGCACAGUGAGGUUCCUUGUAUCGUAUUUUUUUUUCUGAAUGGUGAUAAAGUGGCCCUAAGCUUAUUAUCUCCUCUUGUUGUAUUUAUGUUUUAUAUAUAUAUAUAUAAUGUCUUCAUUUGAAAUGGCAAUGAAACACCUUUUACCACUUAGAAUCUGGCAUUCUCUCUCUUUAUUUCCUUUUUUCUUUUUAAGGGUUUCAUCCCUCCCCUCCCACUCCCCCCCCCAAAAAAAAAGGAUGGAAGGAGGAACAUAUCAAGAAUGUAUUUAUUACCUGUUCUGAUUGCAAAUGCAGGAGGUACUGUUGUGUUUUCUUAUUUUUAAAUGCUUAUAUGUGACAUUUUUUGGAUUCGGAAAUGUAAGAUUGGCCUACUCGUUUUUGUUUUUUAAUUAAAAUACUUUCACAUUUUUAAUUGUGCAUACUGCCAGAUCGCACAAGCUGGUGAAACCCCAAGUGAAUUGAGGAUCAGCAUACUAUCCAUUUUGCAUUUGCAAGCCCCGAUCUCUGCGAUCCCCCAAAGCUUCCCCACAAGCCAGCUGUCCUGCUAUAGAGAUGACAGGCAACUGUGUGGGGUGUUCCAUGCAUUGACUUAGUGCAGAGAGGGAGCUUCAUGAAUGUAGCAAUGGGUGUCCACCCUGCUGUGUUUUGAAUUGGGGCCGAAUUUCUGCACCCAGCUACCUUUGCUACACGCAGGUAUCCCCAGCAGCUUUCCUUCCAUGCAACAGGAACGGGUCAGAGCAAGUGAGUCAUAAUACUGGGUUUGACUUGCCUGUUCUUUACGACCUGUUGCCUCCUAAGCUAGAGCAACAUGGGGUUUUGAGAUUUCAGGAGCCUGCUAGGAUCAGUUGAUCUCCCGGAACAAUUUCCUGGCCUUGGAUAUUUUCAUUUUAAGAAUCACGUUAGAAGGCACCAAGCCAGAAAUCAGAAGAUUUGUAUGCGUAUCCCCCAGCAUUUAUCUCCUAAGCAAAGGCUUUGCACAUCACCUUUAGCAAUCAUGGAAACCCACCUUUCUUUUUUUUAUAAAGGGGUAUGCGUCCGUGUGUUUGUAUAUACUUAUAUCUAUAUAUAAUUUCUUUUUUGCGUGUGUGUUCCACCUUGGUCAUUCAUUUAAAAAGAAGAAGAGAAACAAUGCCCACAUAACAACCAACAACACUUGAAGGACUUUCGUUUUGCACUACAGCUUCCCUUGCGCCAGAUGCGUUUGCCAAGUGCAUUUGGAGAACCCUUCCGUCUCAUUCUCUCAGGCCUUCUCUGGUAUUUCUAGUAUAUCGCGGAAGUACCCGAUCCUGUAGCCCUCGGUUCUGCCUUUUUUCGGUUGACAUUUUAUUUUUUUUAAGCUUUUUUAUAUAUAUAAAUAUAUAUAUAGGAAUAUAUUACUUUGUCAAUUUUUUUGGCUGUACAAAAGUCUUAAGAUUUAAAAAAAACAAAAUAUUAUUUGUAUUAUAAUGAUGGUGGUAUGUUAAUGUUCCGAGAUUAUUAAUGAAGAAGAUUUAUUUUUGUUACUGGUCUGUUUCAUAAUUCUUUUUUAAAUUGGUAUAUUGUAAGAUAUCUAUGCAAAAAAAAAAAGUUAUGUGACGCAUUUUUAUUUAAGAAUGUAAUAUGUGUAAUAAAAAGUAGAAUGUGUUUGGCCUGAAAAUGGCUUAAGGUGUGUUGGAAAUCUCCUUUGGGGACAUAAAGAAAACUGAUGGAAAUAGAAAUAUAGGAUGUGGGGGCCACGGCACACUAGCAUGAUGCUGUACAGCAGGCACGUCCAACAGGUAGAUCAUGAUCUACCAGUAGAUCACUGGACGCCUGUGGUAGAUCACUGGCAGAUCACUGGCUCCCCCCAAAGAAGCUCAAUAACUUUGGCUCCCAUAAAAAAGCUCAAUUUUUUUGCACUGCACCCCCCAAAAUGGCACUUUCCUUCUUCCUAAAAAAAGCUCAACAACUUUGAUCUGAAUGCCUAAAAAUGGGCCUUCCUCCUCCCCAAAAAAGCUCAACAACUUUGACCUGAACCUCCAGAAAGGGGGUAGAUCACUGCAAGUUUUUAACUCUUUAAGUAGAUCACAGUCUCUUGGGAGUUGGCCACCCCUGCCGUACAGUUUUCUGGGUUGUAUCUUGGUGGUAGAUUUGAACUAGCAGAAACUCUCAUACACAGGAUUAAGCGUUUGAAUUUCACCAUUUCACUGCCAUUUAAUGGCAGCUCGCCGAGCCCCAAAUGCCUAUUAGUACAGGUGACCCCCCCCCCCAAA